AUGAGCCUACGGUGGCAGCGGCUCGUGCCGCUCCUCUUUGUCAUACUAUCGACAUUCCUUUCCUUUUCAUCGGCGCAAUUCGGCGGCAGUGAGCACACGCAUUCACAACAGAAACCACUAGGCAGGGGUCCAGUACCUUCCGGAUCACCACAGUCAGGCGAACAGCCGGCAUGGAAGUCAAGAUGGGGCACUGCAGAAAAGGGGGAAGCUCGGGGCAAAGGAAACGCUGCGUUCAAAGAGGCGACUUCGCUGCUCCACAAGGUUAAACCCGCGGCUGCACCUUGGUGGGACUUUGACAAGAACGCUGGCAUCGUCGGAGCGGGCGCAUACUAUGCAAAAGAGCUGUUCUUCCUACUUUUCAUGAACGGUCCCGCCGGACCUGAGCCUUUCACGACCGACGCCCAACCGAAGAAGCUCAGUCAGCCUCUGUCGCAAGCUGUUCAGCUGCUGGAAGAUGCAGCAGCGCAAAAGGAUGCCGACGCGAUCUUCACACUUGCAGAACUGAACUUCUACGGCAACUACUCGCAUCCGCGCAACUACUCCGAGGCUUUCCGACGAUACCACGAACUGGCGACGCUUGACGGAAAUGCCUCUGCACAGCACAUGGUAGGCUUCAUGUAUGCUACAGGCAUAGGAGGCGCCGUUGAGCAGGACCAGGCCAGGGCAAUGCUCUACCACACGUUGGCAGCAGAAGGCGGGGAUGUGCGGUCGGAAAUGACCAUUGCGUACCGCCACUCGUCUGGAAUAGCGACACCGCGAAACUGUGACGAAGCUGUACACUUUUACCGGGAGGUGGCCAAGAAGGCGAUCGCGUAUAUGCGAUCUGGGCCACCAGGAGGCCACUCGAUGCCGCGGGAGUCUUUCAGAAUCGCUGACGAGGAGGGCGGUGUUUAUGGGGAAGGCGCAAGCGCAAGCAGCUCAGGACGCAACGCCAAAACAGCCAGUGUCCACUCGGACGCCUACUCCUCUCUGGAUGAUGUGGUCGAGUAUAUGGACCUCCAAGCGAGGAAGGGCGACGCAAGAGCAAGCUUCAACUUGGCGAAGCUCAACUACGAUGGCGCCAGAACCUCGAAACGAGAUUUGCCUGCCGCAAAGAAGCGUUUCUUGGAGCUUGCCCGCAUGUACUGGGACAAGAACGGCAAGACAAAGCAGGGCGUGUCCCCGCUCACCGAGAAGCUGGCGGCGAAGGCCGCUGGCUACUUGGGUCGUAUGUUCCUACGUGGCGAAGGUAUGCCACAAAGCUUCGAUAUCGCCAGGACGUGGUUUAAACGGGGCAUUGAGCACGGCGAUGCGCUUUCGCAGUAUUCAAUGGGCAUCAUGUACCUGAAGGGACUCGGAGUGCCAGAGAAUCCUGUCAAGGCUGCUGAGCUGUUCGGUGCAGCAGCAGACGAUGACCUAGCAGUAGCUCAGGUACGUCUCGGAGCACUCUUCCUCGACCAGGGCGAUGUUCCUACAGCAAUGAAGUACUUCGACUUGGCCACACGACAUGGGCAUCUCGAGGCCUAUUACUAUCUGGCCGAGCUCGCACACCAUGGUGUCGGCCGCGACAAGUCCUGCCACGUUGCUUCUGCUUACUACAAGAUCGUGGCGGAGAAGGCCGAACUCAUCUCAACAUCCUUUCCAGAAGCAAACGAGGCCUACGCUAACGGAGAUCUCGAGACAGCACUUGUCCGCUACAUGAUGGCUGCUGAGCAGGGCUUUGAGAUUGGCCAGGCCAAUGUUGCCUACUUGCUCGACCAGGUCAAGCCCAAGUUCACCCUCGGCUCGCUUGUUCCUUUCGUGCAGAGGAAAGCUAGUCUUGCCAGUGAUGCUGUCCUGGCCUUGAUUUACUGGACGCGUUCUGCCGAGCAGAAGAAUGUCGACUCCAUGGUGAAGAUGGGAGACUAUUAUCUCCAAGGCUUCGGAACAUCUCCGGAUUAUGAGAAGGCGGCAGCUUGCUACCAAGCCGCAGCCGAGACUUUGCAGAGUGCGCAAUCAAUGUGGAAUCUGGGCUGGAUGCACGAGAACGGUAUUGGCGUUGACCAGGACUUCCAUCUGGCGAAGAGACACUACGACUUGGCGCUUGAGACAAAUCCUCGCGAGGCGCACCUGCCAGUUUUGCUGGCGUUGUACAAGCUCAGAUUCCGCAGUUGGUGGAACACCAUUACCAAUGGAAAGAUCAAGUCCAUCCAGGACGAGCCAACCGUCAAGAAAGACUUUUCCCUCACCGAAUGGCUCAGCGCAUUCCUGGAAGCCGAACUCGCAGGCUGGGACGACUACGAGCCCGACGACUACGAAGAUCACAUUGAUGGUGGUGAUGGCUACUACGGCGACGAGAUCGACUCGGACAUACUCGAGAGCCUUGUCAUCCUUGCGCUCAGUGGAGCUUUGGCAUUCUUGUUGUAUUAUCGUGCACAGCGUCAACGGCGGCAGGAAGAGGAACGGCAGAGACAGCAGUUGCAGCAUCUGCAGGCGAACGGCCUGGCGCCAGCUGCUCCCCAAGCUCCUGCCCAGCCUGCUCAGCAGCAGGAUCCCGCAUUCCAGCCAGACAAUAUGUUCUGGGCUGGUGGCGGCGCCGGCCUGUGA